AUGGUUUUUUACUUCACCAGUAAUGUGGUGUCUCCGCCAGUAACCCUUUUUAUGGGUGCUGACAAACAUGAAAAUGAAGACUUGAUAAAGUGGGGUUGGCCUGAGGAUGUUUGGUUCCAUGUAGACAAAGUGUCUUCAGCUCACGUAUACCUUCGUUUAGCUCCGGGUCAAACUAUUGAUGACAUACCAAAUUCUGUAUUGGAUGAUGCCUGCCAGUUAGUCAAAGCAAAUUCUAUAAUGGGUAAUAAAAUGAAUGAUAUAGAUAUUGUCUAUACAAUGUGGGCAAAUUUGAAGAAAACUGCUGGAAUGGAGGCAGGACAAGUUGCAUUUCAUAAAGACAAAGAUGUUAGAAAAGUGAGAGUGGCUAAAAGAAGUAAUGAAAUAGUAAACAGAUUAAACAAAACUAAAAAAGAAUCUUUCCCAGAUCUGAGAAUAGAAAGGGAAACUAGAGAUAGGCUAGAAAGGGAAGAUAAAAAGAAACUUCUAAGAGAAAAGAAAGAAAAAGAAAAGGAAGAAGAAAAAAAGAAGAAAGAGGAAGCAGAGUUGAGAAGUUACUCUACUCUAAUGAAAGCUGAAAAUAUGACCACAAAUUAUGAUGGCAAUGAUUCAGAUGACUUUAUGUAA